UCAUAUUGGCAUUGUAUUAUUCAGUCUUAUUGCUAUUUUGUAGGUAAGUCAUGGUUAAGCAUAAUAAUGUUGUACCUAGUGGGCACUUCAGAAAGCACUGGCAGAAUUAUGUCAAGACAUGGUUUAAUCAGCCUGCUCGCAAGACCAGAAGACGUCUGGCAAGGCAAAAGAAAGCUGUGAAAAUUUUCCCACGGCCUACAGCUGGCCCCCUUCGUCCUAUCGUUCAUGGACAGACCCUAAAGUACAACAUGAAAGUUAGAGCUGGCAGGGGGUUUUCUCUUGAAGAGCUUAAGGCAGCAGGAAUUCCAAAGAAACUUGCCUCAACUAUUGGAAUCAGUGUUGAUCAUCGCCGCAAGAACCGCUCCCUUGAGGGUCUUCAAGCUAAUGUGCAGAGGCUGAAGACUUACAAGGCCAAGUUAGUUGUCUUUCCAAGGCGCGCCCGGAAAUUCAAGGCUGGUGAUUCUAGUCCAGAAGAAUUGGCAACGGCAACUCAAAUCAAUGCUGAUUACAUGCCUAUUGCACUGGAGAAGCCGUCUGUUGAGUUGGUCAAGGUUACAGAAGAGAUGAAAUCAUUUAAUGCCUAUGCCAAGUUGCGUCUUGAACGUACGAACGAGCGCCACAUUGGUGCCAGGAUGAAGAAGGCUGCCGAGGCAGAGAAAGAAGAGAAGAAAUAGUAACUCAAUGAAUCAGCUUCUUAAUGUGCCGGUUGAGAGUUUUUAAGUCUUUGGCUCUGAUUGGUGUUCCUU